UGGACAAGACAUGCCGCACAACACUCUGUGCCACACAGCACGACAGAGACGACACAGCGGUGAGUGACCUGAGGGAGAGAGAGAGAGAGAACGAGAGGCCGACCAAGCUGUGCCUGUGUGUGUCUGUGUGCGAAGGACCUCAACCCCCAACGAGCGCAAAAAAUGGAGCAAGCUCAGGGUGAGGUCAAGGACACCAGUAAGGCGACAACAGCAGGGACAGCCUCGCCAUCAACACAGCAGGCUGCCACAGCAGCAGACACACAGCAGAGCGCUUCAGCAGGAGUACGAGAAGAAGAAAACAAAUCGCCAAGCAAGGACGAUGCGAAGGGGGAGGACGAAGGUGGUGACGCCGCUGGCAUGUGGAUGUAUCUGGACGGAGCCAAUCCCACCCAGCACGGGCCGUUGACGGAGAGUCUCAUGCUCAAGCUCCUGAGGAUCGGGACAGCACACAAAGAUAUGAUGGCGUGGUCGCAGGGCAUGUCUGAGUGGCAGCCUCUCGGACAGAUCGAGGCAUUCCGAGAAACCAGCGAGCUCGCCGCUACCCCGUGGCUCUACCUGGGAGAGAACUCGGAACAACGAGGGCCGGUAAGCGCCGCCGCUCUGUCACGGCUGCUCCGACAGGGUGAGGUGGACGGAAUGACCAUGGCCUGGACCACGGGGAUGGGAGACUGGAAGCCCCUUGGCGAGGUAUCGGAGUUGCGGCCACUGUUGCAGGAUGGGGAUGACGAAGAGGAGGAGGAAGAAGGGAUGGGGGCGAACGAAGCUCCCGAGAAGAUGAUGGUCUUCGAGGCAGACGAUGAGGCGCAGCCCGCGUAUGAGCCGCCUCCUAAGAAGGAGAGCAAGCGGAGCUUCAUGGCCGACGACGGUACCAAGUUUGCUUGGGACGAGGAGCAGGGGGAUUGGAAGGAGGUAGAGGGAGAUGAAGAGGAAGAGUUAGAGGAAGAGGAAGAGGAGGAAGAACCGUGGAAAAUUCGAAGAGCCAAGCAGCAGGCCAAGCUCAAGGCCAAAUCCAAGGAGGACAAGAAGGCCAACAGGGACGCCGCCGCCGGCCAGAAGGCUGGCACGGGGGUCGCGGUAGCGGCAGGCGGUGACGACGAUCCCGACACGGCGCACUGGGGGGAGCUGCUAGAGGAUGCCAAGAGGGAGGCCGAGGGGAAGGCGGGUGGUGCGGAAGAGAGUAGUGGUAACACUAGCGAAGCGGCGCAACAGAAGAAGGCCAAGAAAAAGAACAAGAAGAAGCGAGGGCUCCAGUGGAACAAGAAGGCCACUAACCUCUGGGUCUACGUAAAGGGACUUCCGGUGGACAUAGAGGUUGAGGAGGUCAGGGAGCACUUCAGCAAGUGCGGCAUCAUCGCUACGGACCCCCUGACACAACAACCCAAGAUCAAGAUUUACAAAGAUGGCGAGGGACACCCGAAGGGCGACGGCAGCGUCUGCUACGCCAAGGCAGAGUCGGUGGAGAUGGCCAUCAACGUGUUGCACGAGGGACAGCUGAGGCCGGGAGUGACCAUCGAGGUGUCGAAGGCUAUCUUCCAACAAAAGGGGCAAAGCUUCGACAACACCAAGCGGCUAAAGGUCAACGACGCCCGUGUUAAGGUGGCAAGAGCGGCAGCGGAGCAGGCAUUGUCGUGGGCGGAGAAUGACGACACGGGCGCAACAAAGGGGGGGCUUAAGAUCGUCGUCGUGGAGAACAUGUUCCAUCCGUCAGACUUCGAGGCAAACGAGAGGUUUGGCGAAGAGCUGGAGGCCGACCUGCUGGCGGAGGGCGAGAAGCUCGGACCCGUGGAGAAGAUCACGGUGUUCGCCAAGAACAACAAGGGGCCCGUGGUAAUCAAGUUUGGGACGGCGUACGCGGCUUCCGAGUGCGUGAAAGUCUUUGACGGGCGAUUUUUCGGCGGCCGCAAGCUGUUGUGCCACUUCUGGGAUGGAGUGACGAACUACACGGUCCAGGAAGAGGACGAGAAAGAAGAGGCCCAACGAUUGGACGCUUUCGGUGAUUGGCUGGAAGAACAAGAGCUUCCAGAGGAGCUGCGGCCACGAGCAGAAGCGUGACAAUCUUCAUAUCAAUGAAGAAAAUGGGUGUCGGCGGGUGGGAACGAGGUUUGCCCAAAUCAGAACCCCUAUGUACUUGUAGUAGUAGCAGCGGCGCGCGUGUUUCUGUGUAAAGAGCAUGCUGUGUUUUGCAUGGUGCGGGGAUAUAGAGCUGCCCCACGGAAACUCGGUGUUAAGUGUGUUUUAUUGUUGUGUUUCGUGGGGAGGGAAGGUGGGUGGCAGUGCCCCCCCCCCCCCACAAGUCCAGAAGACUUGUUCGUGUAUAGAAAUAUGGCGAGAGUGCAGCAGUAGCGGCAGGAGCGAAAGAGGCAGUGUUUUGCUGGUACACAACUCUGUUCGCAAAGAGUAGUGAAUUCUCGUCUAGACAGAAAACAUGAAGAGAGGGGAGGUGAUACGGCGAUUUGUUCGAUUUUUCUCGACGGUCGGCUCCUUUUCCUCAAAACGCAAAUCUGCCGUAGUUUUUCUCUGGUGUUUUUAGUCAGAACCGAUUCCGUUGAAGAGGCCUGUGUGCAUCAUCAACAUGCUGUCCCUCCGGCACACACUCGGGUUGGUCGAAUCUCGUGCAGUAGUUCCAAGUCCCUGGGUGGACUAUAGAAUACUCAUGGUAUAAAGACAUCCAAAGCGGCGAAGGCAAGGCUUCCUUUUCUCUGCCCGAAUCUGCACGACGGGGAUUCAACUUACAGUAUCGUGCAGUGGGACCCGUCUGGGUCCACCA